UAUCCAACACAACACAAGCAAUUUUUGUAUACUAUAAGAAGGCCUCUAUAAUUUCACUUAGCAUGGCAAUUAUUAAUUUUAUUUUGGGAAAUUAAUUAAGCCAAUUUUAUUUUGAAGGAUACAAAUACGAUGUGUCUAACAAAUCUUUGUUGACAUUCAACAACUACGGUGCUCAACCCUUUUUCAGUCUAUGACCUAUCGCCUCUUCUCUCUCUAGAAUUGCGCCUUUCUGAGGACUGCGAAGGACGAAGACAACGGUGUAUUUUCCUAGGUGAAGAAGCUCCUAACCAGUACUAAAAUAAAGAAUUUAGAACUUGUUGAUACUGGUCCAAAUAAAACAAGGAGUGAAUGUUUGAUGGAUGGGGAUGCUAGGAUUUUAACUGAAAGUCCUUCUGGUAAGGAAUGCACCUCAAAUAAAGGUUUAAAUCUUGAAGAUAAUGGGGAAUCCAAUUCAUGGGAGAAAAAGGAAAAGAGAAAGAAACAGAAGAGACAAAAUCCCCUGCAAAUAAAUUCUGGUACAGUUGAUUGUAUUUUAGAGACACGUUUAGAAACAAUAGAAUCUUCAAACUUGAGUUCAGGGCCGAAAAGGAAAAGGACCCAAAUGGAACGGUGUCCAAAUAUGAGUGAAAUAGAGGUUGAUAUUACUUCAGUUCAAGUAAGGAGUUCCCAAACCGGUAAGAGAAUGAAAGAAUUUGAAACAUAUGAUAGGGAAAAAGGGAAAGUGUCUUCUUCUGUAGUAAACAGUUUGGAAUCCCUCAGUGUUGGCUCCUCAAUGCUAAAUAAUUUAGAAUAUAGUUCUUUGGCCAGCUCAGAGGACAGCUCAGAUGAGAUACUUGCAUCUGUUUGUUCAAAGAAUAUGUUAGAGAGAGAAGUGGGGGUAGUGGAUAGCACGGUUAGCACCUUGUUGCAGGUUGUGGAAGAUGUUUCCAUCAAGAAAUUCUCUGGUGGUUGUUCAGAUGGUGCACCUGCAUAUGAAGAAAGCAAAAAGAGUUUAGAUGUUGAACCUACAUAUGAGGAAAGCAAGAAGAGAAUUGAGAUGGCAACCUUAAAACUGACCAUAGAUGAAGAUAGUUUUGUGAAUAAUGGUUCUUUGGAAGAAAAUUUAGUUGAAACUACAAUUUUUAAGGGGGACAAAUCUUUUAUUGAUGCAUCUAUUUGUGAGCAGCAUCCCAAUAAGAUUUUGGAAAUACAAUAUGGGAUGGAAAAUGCAAUUUGUUCAUCUUCACAUUUCGCUGCAAUAAAAGAUAAUCAAAGGGGAGUUGAGAUGCGAGCUUCAGAACAUAUCAUAGAUGAAGAUGAUUUUGUGAAUAAUGGCUCUGAGUUAGACUCUCUACAUGAAAAUUCUGAACAAGGUAACGGCGGUAAAAUAAAUAUUAUGCAAAACAAGGAUAAAGAAAAUUUGGUUAAAGAGGAUAAAUCUUUUGUUGAUGCAUCUCCCAGUGAUAUUUUGUGUAAGCACAAUGUCAAGAAGGUUUUGAAAAUACCAUCUGAGAUAGAAAAUGCAAUUUCUUCACCUUCACAGCAGUUGGAUGCAAUGAAAGAUGAUGUCCUAGUCGUUAGCAACUCAUUAUGUGCAAUUCCACCAGAAAGAGUUCUUGCUUGCCCUUUUAAAAAGAAGCUUCUCAUCCUUGAUGUGAAUGGACUUCUUGCUGAUAUUGUUUCGAAUGUGCCUGAUGGAUAUAAAGCUCACACAAUAAUAGGACAAAAAGCAGUUUUCAGGAGGCCCUUCUGUGAUGAUUUUUUGGAGUUUUGUUUUGAGAGAUUUAAUGUUGGUGUAUGGUCAUCAAGAACCAAGAGAAAUGUGGAUAUGGUUCUCGAAUUUCUUAUGAGAAAAACCAAGGGCAAGUUGGCAUUUUGCUGGGAUCAAUCGCACUGUACUGAUACAGGUUAUAAUACUGUUGAGAAUAGAGAGAAGCCUAUGCUAUUAAAGGAACUCAAAAAAUUAUGGGAAAAACAUGAGCCAAAUCUUCCUUGGAAGAGGGGAGAGUAUAACGAAUCCAACACGCUCUUGUUGGAUGAUUCUCCAUACAAGGCGUUAUGCAACCCUUUGCACACUGCAAUCUUUCCUUAUUCCUACCGUUACAAGGAUGUAAAAGAUAAUUCAUUGGCACCAGGAGGUGAUCUUCGGGUUUAUCUUGAAGGAUUAUCUUUCGCUGAAAAUGUUCAAAAAUAUGUGGAGCAAAAUCCAUUCGGACAACGCCCCAUCACGGAAAGAAAUUUAUCUUGGUCCUUUUAUCUCAAGGUUAUUCGCAGCGUCACAUUCCAACAGAAAAUUAAUACUAAUUCUUCUCCGCGUGGUGAUAGCAUUGGACGCUGUGGAACAUCCCAUGUAUAGUUGUACGAACUGAAUUUUUUUAUUUUUAUUAUUAUUAUUUUACAAAUGCACUCUUGGUGUAGAAAAAUGCUGGCGAGUGUUGUUAAUGUUGUGACAAUUUUUCUUUUUGACAAAAUGGAUUGAAUGUAGUGUUGUUGAUGGUGAUCUCUAAAGAAGCCACCAUGUGGCAACGAUUCAUAUAUAUAUUUUUUUUGGCCAA